CAUGUUAGCUCCUCCCAUUUUAGAGUCCACAUAGGUAAGCAUGUUAUAGCUCCUCCCAUUUUAGGGUCCACAUAGGUCAGCAUGUUAUAGCUCCUCCCAUUUUAGGGUCCACAUAGGUCAGCAUGUUAUAGCUCCUCCCAUUUUAGGGUCCACAUAGGCAAGCAUGUUAUAGCUCCUCCCAUUUUAGGGUCCAUAUAGGUCAACAUGGGAUAGCUCCUCCCAUUUCAAGUUUAGUGAACUCUCUCCCAUCACAGGGUUUCCCCUCAAGGGCUGUUUUUCAAAUGGGGGGGGGGAGAUCUACAAAUACAUGCAAUCUCAAACUCGCCAGCAGAGGGCAGUAUUCUCACACACUUAUGCUAUGAACCCAAUUCAGAAUGUAUGUAACAGAAAAGAGCACUGUGCUGAAAAUGGGAGGGGAAUUUACUGCAUGUGAUUCUGAACAAUGUGUUAUUGAACGUGUCCACUAAAUCUGGCUUCCAAAAGGUGGCAUGCUGAGUUGGCUCUUGACCCUAUGAGCAGGAGGUUGUGGGUUUGAGUCCUGGGUGGCGUGGAGCCUGCUUUAUCUCCCUGUGUUCGAGUUUGCUCUGGUUUCCUCUCACGGUCUACAGAUUCGGCACCCUGGCACAUGUAUAAGGCGGCAGCGUAGAAUAAUGGGUAAGGAGCUGGUCUUGCAACCUAAUGGUCACAGGUUUGACUCCCAUGCUUUGUUGGACACUUGUUGUACCCUUGAGGAAGGCACUUAACCUGCAAUGCUUCAGUAUAUAUCCUGCUGUAUAAAUGUAAAUGCCUGUAAAUGUAAAGGGUUUUGUAAGUCACUCUGGAUAAGAGCGUAUGCUAAAUGCCUGUAAUGUAAUGUAAAAACAGGCUUUAAUUCCUGCACAGAUCAUCCAACAAGGAUGUGAAUACCCCCACGUUGGAGCUGACAGUCUACACUUUAACCUCAUUGUUUAUUUUAAACGUUUAAUUUGAAAUCCAAUAUGUUGGAGCACAUAGCCAAAACAACCGUGUCACAGUCCAAAUACAUACGGACUGCAAGGUGUAUAAAACACGCUGUAAUAUACAAAGGAUGGAGAGAGAAAAAAACCUGUGACCUGUAUGACACGCAAUGUACCAUGAAUAAGAAAAAAUAAUGGUCCUCCCACGAAAAAGGCCGCCACCCCUAAUCAGACCACUGUGGAGCCGGGAGUGCAUGGAAUCGUCUGAAUCACCACCCCCAAACGUUGCUCCAGCACCUGCUGCUGCCCGCUCCUUACCAGGAAGUACAGAACGACUUCCCCGCUCUCCGAUCGUAGCCUACGCGAUUCACACACCUACGUCUUAUUACUUAGUUGCAGUACAGUAUGCCGAAAUCUGUCAGAGAUCGCAUUAUGGCCGUGCUUGACACUCUUUCCAAGGAACAGUUACUUCGAUUUAAGCGUAAACUGAGUGAACUGGAUAUCAUCGGCUAUGGUCGAAUCGAAAAUGAGGGAACCGUGGACAUCACGCACAGGUUAGUUAGCAAGUUCACGGUAGCCCGUGCCAUCCCUUGCAUCGCAGAGGUCCUAAGAGCGAUUGAUCUACAGGAGGAAGCGGGCCGUUUAGAACAAAGUGAAAAUGACCGUGAAGGGGCCAAUGUCGCGACAGGAGCGGGAGCAGCAAGCCCGACUGCGGCGAGGGGAAACUGCGGAAGCGCCACGAACUGCAGCCCGAAACCGACGGAGGGUCAGUGUGAAAAUCUGCAUCCGCUGUGGAAAAAGUCACUGAAAGUCUUCACGUGUCAGACCAACAACUUCACUGUUUUUGCGCGGGAAACGUCUCCAUAUUAUAUCCGCAUGUCUACAUCUGCCUGUACAUACAUGACCUCAUCAAACCACACACAUUUAAUCACGAGCUCUGAGAUCAUAUUUAACUUUGAAAUUUGCCAGCAUUUCGUGGACAAGAACCAUGUGGAACUGAUAACGAGAAUCACAGCGGUGAACCCCAUACUGGAUCGCCUCUAUAGAAAGAAACUAAUCAGCAUUGAAAUGUUGGGCGUGAUUACGGCUGAGAAAACGAACGAAGACCGAAUGAGGAAGCUUUUGUACGACGUCAUUCUCCCGCAAGGAGAGGGGGCGAAAGACGAGCUGGUUGCGAUUUUGGAUGAGCAACAGCCGUACAUCAUGGGCACGCUGAGAGGGAAGUGAACCCUCUUCUUUCACCUGCAUGCUUCCUGUGCACGGCCAAAGUGAUCGAUGUUUGUUGAACCAUAGCAUGGCGUAAAUGAGCGGAAAGGGGAUAAAGGGUCUGAUUUACAUAUGCAAAAACUUUUAUCGCGCGCAAAACUGAUAACAAAACCAAUGACUGGUGUAAAACGAGUACCUUUAAGCAGUCACUGGUCAUGUUAUUGGUUUUGCGCGUGCUAACGGUCUUAAAUCUGGCCCCGAGUGUAUGGAGAUGAUUUAACACUUUCCCAGGAUUUGACUACACGUGGGACAUCUCCAGGGACGGGGUUGGGCAGCCCUGCUCGAGGCUGCAGUUCACUGAGCAGUCUUUGUCUUCGUUAGGCACUGGCUGUUUCCAUCUGUCCACUGUCACUCACUGUCGUGUGCAGGGUAGUGCACCGACCAUGACGAACACAAGGGCAUAACUUUGGCUUGAAUAUUUGGUGGGGGGGGGGGGGGGUCGGAGUAAAUUGUGAUUGUUUUCUUUACUCCGAUCCACAAUCUGCUUUAAAUGUGAAUUACUGGGUUUUAGAAGGCAUGCUGACAGCUGUUGAUGUCUCCAAAUUCAACUUGUCAAAUUUUAAAAGUAAAAAAUUCUAAGAAUAAAAUGGUCCCCUUGUUGUCAUGGACACAGUUAUUAAAAUUGUUAACGGUCAUUUUGUUUGACUCUGAGGUCUGUCAGUAACGUUCUCAGGGUUCAGUUCUGUCUGCUCUGGUAUAUUUGGGCUUUACCCAAACGGUGAUGCAUCCAUAGCAAAUGUUCACUUUAUGGACAGAUCCUCGAUAAUGUAGCCUAUAGUUGCUACACCCAAAUACAGCUGUAUCAAGAGCAUAUUAAACCCCGUGUUUGUGGACGUUGGGCGUCUCCAGACUGAACUCUCUGAGCAGGUUUAUUCUGGCGGUGUCGGGGGGGAGGGGGUCCUCCCCGCCGCCGCCGCCCGUGUUUGUGACGUACGCGAUGUUGACCGUCUCUGCUCGGCUGUACUGGGCCUGGCAUGUGUUUGUAUGUAUUUCUAAUUAAAUUUGAGUACAGAACAAUA